UUCACCCCUCAAUGCCAACCCAAAAGCUAGCUCACGGUCACAGAAUCUCAUAUAAUACAAGACCGGUGGUAGGGUUUUGUUGCAGCCAUGGAAAUCGACGACAUUCUCGCCUCCGUCGACCGACACGACAUCUCCAAUCCCCAAUCCACAGCCCUCGACCACCAACUUCUCACGCGAUAUUGGGUAGCUGAGCGCAGCGCGCCAGAGCUGCUCCCAUGGCCUGAACAAUUAAUGGAGCGAAUGAUGGAAAGAGUGAGGCAGCAGAUCGAAACCAUCGAAAACCUCGCCGCCGCAUCCUCAGCAGAGAUGAUGAACUCCAGCACAAGCAACACCACCACCCAUCCCAACGCAACCGCAACCGCCGCAAACAUCAACCUCAAACUCUCCAUCCUCCAAACCGACCUCUCCAGAACCCAAUACCUCCUGCGUUCCUUCCUCCGCCAGCGGCUCGCGAAACUCACAAAACACAGCAUGUACUACCUGCUCCAGAUCGCAAGCCAUGACCCUUCCUCCUCCUCCUCCUCCACGUUGUCGUCAUCGUUGUUAACGAGCUCGAACCCCGAUUCCGCAAAACACCACCAGGCCACCCAGCAGCCGGAAGACUCUGUCCCUGUGCCAGAUCCCGCCGCGCACCCGGCGCCGCUGUCCCGCGCUGAAGUGGACUUUCUGUAUACGCAUCAAACCCUCCUGGCUCGGCACUACGGUGCGUCCUUUCUCUCUUCGUUUCCGGGGCAGUUGAGGAGGUUGGAUGAUAAUGCCGGCGGGACUAGUAUGGUGCAGGGCCCGGAUUUGAGGGAGGUUGUGUUUGUGAGGUGUUUGGUGGAGGAGAGUAGGGUUGUUGUGCCCGUGGAGGAUGGUAAUGGUGCCGGUGGUAUGGGAGGGGUCGAGAUGUCCGGGGUGACGAUGCGGAUGGGAGAUGUUUGGGUUGUUAGGUGGGAGGGGGUGAAAGGUGCUUGGGAGAGGGGAGAUGUAGAAGUUUUAUAACCUCUCUCUCUCCCUCCCUCUACCUUGUUGGGUUUCAUUAAGAUGUGCGGAUUGUAUAUUUGGCUUGGCUUGGGUGCAUUGUGGCGUUUGGGGUUGAGAUUUAGCUAUGAUAUGAUACCUAUGGUUCUAAGGGGGUUAUACUACUAUAGAUCUAUAUGACGCAGAAGCGUUUGGAUAUAUUUCUUUUUCUUUUUCUUUUUUUUCUUUUUGUAUUUCUCUAUUUGCUACUAGAGUCUUAUCCAACAUCGGGU